UUCUUUGAUUUACCCCCUGCUACGACUGUCGCAUUAAAAAACGUCACCAGCAAACCUGGGAACAGGAAGCGUUAGCCAAAGCUAGCCAGUCAGACAAGACAAACAGCCUGAUAUCAAACAUGCUUGCUGGUAGUGAGUUCGUAAAUCUACGAAAUAGAUUCAAGAAAGAUGCUGAACUUCUUAUGCAAGGGGUUUCAGCAGGUGACCGCAACGAAAAGAGUCAAGAAGAGAAAGAUGCCAAACCACUCUCUCGGAUCAACCGCCAUUCCGUCUUCUGGAUUGUGUCAUCUGUUGGGUUGACGUAUUAUUUCGACUUCCUCCGGGUCCUCAUGGAGAAUGAGGAUAUCAAAAGCUGGUGGUUCAAUCUUGGUGUGAUACUGCUGGGAAUAUGCCUAUCUUUGGCCACAUUUUGCAUCGUAUACCUGGAGGGGUUCAAGGGCAUAAAGGACUACGACCAGGAGUACCCUGCUAUUGCCCCUAUUACCACAGCAGCCUUCAUUGCAGCAUCAUGCAGUUUAAAUAUAGCACUGUGGCCUGUGUGGUCGUUCCUCACCCCCAUCCUCCUGUUUACCCAGUUCAUGGGAGGUGUUAUGCUCAUAUCCAUGCUUGGGUGAGAUGUUAAGUACUAAAGCCUCAACAAUGACGACAGUUUGACUUUCGUGUUAAAUUGAUAAUGUUCAGGAAAGUUUUUUUUUUUUACGUGAAUAUAUUAUAUUUGAUAAAUUACCAAAGCUUUUUAAGUGCUUUAAUCGUUUUUGUAUAUGUUUUUGAAUGACAUGUGUAUUUGUGAGUCACAAAGCCAUUGUGCUAUUAACAGUUUAAAUGUGUGCUUACAUUCUGUAAAAUCUGCUAAAUAAAUAAUAGUUUGUAGCUAA